CGGCACAAGGGCAGGAUCGCGUCCCGGAGCUGCCCCAAGCAGAUAGCGCUCUAUUCAUACGCUAUUAUUUCUUUUUUUGUGUGGUUUUAUACCAAAGAGAGACUCUCUGAGCUUUUUGCUAUCGGGGUACACCAGUCAACCUCGCCUGGAAAUUUAAGUCUGAAACGGGAGAGCAACACAUCUCGGAGAAGCUGCCGACACCGUGCACGGAGAAAGUGACAGACGGAGCAAGAGCCUGUUCACAGGGAUUUUACGUCGCAUCGCAUUCAGUUUAGGAUAUUCCAGGCAGCUACUUUGAAUUCUUUCAGGGUACCUUCACACAUUAUUGCCUAAAUGUGUUAGGCUUUCUAUAUAUUAACAAUUGCAUGGUACAUUUCACACGGGGUCGUCUGGAGUGAGCAGGCGGACCCGUGCGUAACAGCGGGGGAUUUUGGAAUACUGCGUAACGCUCAGACGCUGAGUGUUUGAAUCUGAGUUUUUGUAUGUAUUCAUCUCUUGGAGAUAUAUCUACAAGCGAAACGAUCAACCGGGACCACUUACUUUGUUUCGGAGGCUAAAACGCUGAAAACCCGGAGCGCACUUGUGCGCAAUCUUUCUGAGGACGUCUCUGAAAUCGCCGACCUGCGCUCUCGCCCGCAACACAAACAUUUAUCUGGCAGUCGAAACAGCAAAAGCUUAUUAACUUAGAAUUAGAUUGUUGGAUCUAAUUUGCAGGGUAACCUGUAUAUUUUUGUACGAGGAUAAAGUUGAUCAACAUCGACCGAGCAGCAGCAGCUGGAUUUUUGGGGGAAACAGAAUGAAUUCCUUUUAAUUUGGCCGACAGAAGACUGAGGCAGAUUGCUCAGUGAAUGCUACAAUCUGCAUGGAGUUCUAGUCUGCACCAAGGAACAAUUUAUGGUUGGCCGCAGAACUCCCCCGGCUGUAGUACUGUGCACACCUCGCCAUGCUGGCCUGUCUGCAGAGGAGGCAGAACCCUCCACCCCAGCACCCAGUAUGUGCCAGCAAGACCCUGGAGCCACCGCAAGCCCUUGGACGGAAAUGUGACCUGGUGGUGCCAACACAUUCCCCACGCUACCCAACUGCAGCAGAACUUGAUGCUUUUGCUCAGAAGACGGCCAACAACCCACUUUCUAUCAAGAUCUUCCCCACCAACAUCAGGGUUCCCCAGCACAAGCACCUUAAUCGGACUGUGAAUGGAUAUGACACCACGGGGCAGCGCUACAGUCCCUACCCGCAUAUCCACACAGGGGGAUACCAUGGUCUCCUUGCCAUCGUCAAGGCAUCCUCAUCGUCGUCAUCAUCGGCAUCCACUUUCAUCCAUUCAAAAGGUGUUGUCAAGAACUCAGAAGGCAGGCGGACUAAGCUCUCUCCAGCCCACAUAGCUGUUGCUCCAUACCCACUCCCUAGUAGUAGCACUUUAGCUGGUGGUCACAGUCAAAUGGUAUACCAUACUGGACCCUCAAAGCCUCCAGAAGGGCCCGGACUGUCAGUUCCCCCAAACGUCACUGUAGCUGGCUCAGUGAUUCCCGUAACAGGGGGCCGAGGUCUGGCCCUACCUGCACAGUCCAACCUUCCCUCCAUCCAGAGUAUCAUCUAUCAGAUAAACCAGCAUUGCCAGGCCCAGGCUCUGCAGCAGGUGUGUCAAGGGGCUGCCACUGCGCCAACACAUUCUAGCCCCUCCAAGCAGGGCACAGCUGUAAUGGGGGUUUCUUCUAGUUCCUCAGGUGGGGGCUAUGUGGUAGGGAUGGGUCCCCAGGCUAACAUGGUGUACACAGGGCCAGGGCUGCCAGCUCAAAAUGGAGAUGUGAUGAAGACCGGUGUGUACGCAGAUGGCAUGGACUACAUCCUUUGGCAGAAACAGCAACAGCAACAUCAGCAGCAGCAACAACAACAGGCUGUGCUCCGCAUGUACAGUGGGGGCAGCGGAGGAGGGGGCGCUAUCAGCAAGUCUCCCGAAACCUGUGUUCCAGGGGGGAUCAUGGCAGCGCAAGUGUCCUCCUCUUCCUCCAGACCGUACCACCUAACAGCGAGUGCCAGCGGUGGAGGAGGGAUGGAAAAAGUCAGCUCUUCGCCUUUGAACUGUGUGGGUAUGCAUGGAAAUUUUUCAGUGGGUCAGUACUUUGCACCGCCCUGGAACAGUGUGCUGGUGACACCUGACAGUGACUGCUACAACCCCCAGGAGCUUUUAGGCACCUCCACAGGCGUGCCAUCGACGGGGCACAGAGAGAUUGGGUACCCUCACCACCAUCACCACUACCAUCAUCAUCACCACCCUGCCAUAGACAGCGGGGGAGGUCUGUGCUGCAGCCUGCCCAGCAAGAGCAUGUGUAACACAUCGGUGCUGAGCAGCAGCUUGCAGUCUCUGGAGUACCUGAUCAACGACAUCCACCCACCUUGCAUCAAGGAGCAGAUGCUUGGCAAAGGCUACGAGACUGUAUCUGUGCCCCGUCUGUUAGACCACCAGCAUGCACACAUCCGCCUCCCUGUUUACAGAUAGAGGGGGAAUGAAGAGGGGAAAAGAAUCAAGAAUUGUGAAUUUAAGAAGAUAUUCAAAGUUAAAGAGCAGAGAAAAAGCUUUGGGGCACCAAAGUGUUGCGAGUUGCCACCGCUUUAACUAGUGUGGGAGCUUAAGAGCAGUUGCUGUGCUGUAUGACCCUGGAUUUGGUAGUUUUAAGACAGGCUGUGGCAAUCCUAAACACAAAUGGCGGUAAUUAUUGCCAGAGGCAAAGUAAAGGGAUUUCAAGAUUCUCCUGAUGUUCCAAUUGUGUGGUUUGCCAAUAGGAGCUUUGGAUAGAUUUUUUUUUCUUCCUUUUUUUUUCUCUUUGUUGUUUUUCUUGCUUAAACUUUUUUUUUUUAUGAGAAUCAUAGCUUGACAUGAAGUGCAUACACCACUUGUAUCCUGCUUCCAAAUACUAAGGAUGAAGCUACUGUGUAGGUUAUCACUGAAAUGGUCAUAAAAGGGCCAAAAUUUAGGGCUGCUCUGGAAAUCUUAAACUCUGUAACCGUACAUGUGUACACAUACAAAAAUGUACUUACAAGUAAGAGGAGUCAGGUGAUAAGCAGUACUGGGGUGUUAUCUAAAAAGGAACAUAAGGUUGAAUUUAAAAGGAUAGUACAAUAUUAGUUAUUGUUGCUGUUAUAAUUGAUACAUUAAUUGCACUGCUUGAAUUUUGUUAACUUUGAAGUUUGGAAUUGGGUAGUUUGGAUAUGAUAUAUUUAAGAAACUUGAAAACUUGAACCUAUUUUUUGUUGUUUGAUAUAUUUGUAGGUAUAUUAUAUGUAUUGGCUGCUACGGGGAAAAGUGUCUCAAAUGUUUUGUUUUUAUUUUUAUUUUGUUAUUUUCAACUUCUGUUUUUAAUGAUUGAAUAAUUCCUCCUUGAGCUGAUGUGCAGUCUCUUAUGUCCUGGUGUGAGGCAUAGUUGCUGCUUUGGUUCUGUAAGAACCUGUUUGGAGAAGCUCUUUUUUUUUCCUAACCAACACUGGAAUCUACAAUAAAUCUUGAAAUGCUUAUUUAAAAAAAGAACAUGUUUCAAAGAAAAAAAAUACAAGAAAAAGAAAUGUUACAUUGAAGAAUGUGAUUGGGAGGUUAUCCACAUAACCUACAUGUUAUAACCUACAUACAUGUACGUGAGUGCGCGUGUGGACAAGUAUGUGUGUGCGUGUUUUAAAUUGUGUUCUUCAAAAUCCUCAGACUUUUUUCUUUUCUUUUUGUGUGUGUGUGUGUGUGUGUGUGUCAUUACCAGAUUUUUACCACCAAGACUGACAGACUGAUUCACCAGUCCCAUAAACAUUAUAAGAGUAAUAUACAGGAGACUGUUGCAAAUCUUGCUCCCUUUUAUUGCAGGCUUUAGAUUUUCUUUGGAGUCAGAGUAGAGACGGCGUUCUCAUGUGACACCUUUAAAGAUGGAGUUGCAACACUGCAGCCUCUUGUGUUAUCACAAUGACAAAAAGCAGUAAAACAAAAACAAAUAAGAUCUUAUUUUUGGGGUACUUUCACUCCCUUAAUCUUACAAACUAAACAAAAUGAAAACAAUCAUGCCCUGUCCUCUGGUACCAGAUGGAAUAAGACCAAGCUCACUGUUUUCCCUGUUCCAUUUCAGCCCUCGCUUGUGAUGUGUUUAGCCCGGGCCAGUCUUAAUUUGAUGAUUCAGAACAGUGAAAUAUUUAUUAUGACUGUGAGAUUCCCUUGAAUGUACUGCACUUAAAUUACUGCAAUGUUUUAUAGCCUUGUGGGACUCAAGUGAAAGAGAAAAAUUGGAUCAGUGCAGCAGUCCUCUGGUCUUAAAUUAGCAUUUCUUUUGUCAGUCAAAUUUCAGUGGUAAAUUGAAUUUAUUAACUGGAGAGAACAUGAGCUUUGUUGUCGGGAAAUACUGGCAUCAGUCUAGAUUUAUGAAGUGCAAUUAUUAUGACUGUAUUAACAUUUUUUUCUCUGAGCUACACCAAAAAAAUGUAAAUUACAGUUGUCAAUACAUUCCCAAUGUACAACAUCCCUAAUCCUUUUUUUUCUUUCUUUCUUUCUUUUUAUUUUUUUUUGGAGGUGUUAAAUAAAUUUCUUUAAGAAUACAUUCAGGAGCCACAUCCUGGCAUUGAAGUCUGUGAUCAUUUUUGUUAACAUUUGUCUAGAAGUCAGUGGAGCUUGUUUUCAAAGGUGUAU